ACAUCCCCUUUACCUUUUCACCUUGUCACUUAUUUUCUAUUCUUGAACCCCCAUUUUUUUUUACCUUUCUCCUGAACAGAUAUGUCAUCAUGAUUUCUUCCCCAGGUACGCUUCUAUGGAGAUGAUACAAGAUACCCACCCCACCCCCCCGGUUGCCGUCCACACUCACAAAGACUACUGCGUACUCUUUUUUUCUUUUCGAGAAAGGACAUGGGAAUCUGGAGUGAUUCGAUGUGUGAAAUGCGUGAUACGAUAUGUCUGGAUACCAUUUUGGAUUCAAACCCGGGCUGUCCAACGCUUCUCGGUUCUAAUCUUUUCUACUUUUUUUCUCGCUAUGCUAUUCCAAUAUACCACUUGCUUCUCGAUUCAGCCUCUCUCAACCCGUACAGUCUUUUCUAUCUUUGACUCUCACAAGUAUAUCGAGACGAAUUUAUCUAACUUCCCGCUAUUCUGGCCUUAAGUUUGAUGUCUGCUGCUCUGCACGAAUAAUGGUCUUCCUUUCGAGUUUAUUGCCGUGCGUGCUGCAUGAGACAAAACGGGGGUAGAGGCACCACGACGAGCAAAAUAUGGAGGAAAAGGUACAAUCUAAUCACACUACUUUUUUUUCCCGAAGAAAUUGUCCUCCUGUAAGUGAAUGUUUAGUGUGUGUUGACAUGUAUGUAAUGUUUGAUGUGGAUG